AUCCUAAAAGCUGACAUUCGGUAAUUGCACAGUACAAAGAUGGACUCGAGGCCUGAAAGCUCUUCAGCGAAAUCAGAGCCGGCCGCAGUUGACGAUGAAGAGGUUCGAGACAAUAUUGUUCGUGGACAGAGCCAGAGCCGGCCUCGGAGGUCACCGCUUGUGUGGUUGACCUUGUUCGCGCUGAUCACGUACAGUUCCUGGGCGGUUUAUCAGUACCAGUAUGAGAACUUGCCUCCGCCUCUCACCGCCGAGCAGGCCGGCAAGCGAGGCUUCUCUGAAGUCGAAGCCAUGAAGCACGUCAAGGCCUUGACUCAACUAGGCCCUCAUCCCGUCGGUUCUGACGCUCUCGACCUCGCCUUGCAGUAUGUUUUGGCAGCGGCGGAGAAGAUCAAGGAUACGGCUCAUUGGGAGGCGGAUGUUCAAGUGGACUUUUUUCGUUCGAAAGCCGGUGCGAAUCGUCUGGUCAGUGGCCUGUUUAUGGGGAGAACGCUUGUUUAUUCGAAUCUAAAUCACGUAGUUUUGAGAAUCUUGCCAAAAUAUGUAUCUGAAGCAGGGGAAAAUGCCAUUCUGGUCUCUUCUCACAUUGAUACCGUAUUCUCAACGGAAGGAGCCGGAGAUUGCAGUUCAUGUAUAGCUGUUAUGUUGGAACUUGCUCGAGGGAUUUCUCAGUGGGCUGGAUUUAAGCAUGCUGUUAUAUUUUUAUUUAAUACCGGGGAGGAGGAAGGUCUAAAUGGUGCUCAUAGCUUUAUAACUCAGCACCCCUGGAAUGACACUGUUCGUGUGGCUAUUGAUUUGGAGGCCAUGGGUAUUGGAGGGAAAUCUGGCAUAUUUCAGGCUGGUCCGCAUCCAUGGGCUAUUGAAAACUUUGCCUUGGUAGCAAAAUACCCAUCUGGCCAAAUCGUAGCACAGGAUCUGUUUUCUUCUGGAGCCAUAAAAUCUGCAACAGAUUUCCAAGUAUACCAAGAGGUUGCUGGCCUUUCAGGGCUUGACUUUGCAUACUCGGAAAACAGUGCAGUAUACCACACUAAGAAUGACAAGUUAGAGCUGCUUAAACCAGGGUCUCUUCAACAUCUUGGAGAAAAUAUGCUUUCUUUUCUGAUUCACGUUGCUGCAUCCUCUCAUCUUCCCAAAAGCAAUACAAUCGAAGAAGAGGAAAAUACAGGCUUGAAUGCUGCCACAUUUUUUGACAUCUUGGGAACAUAUAUGAUUGUAUACCGCCAACGUUUUGCAAAUAUACUUCAUAAUUCAGUGAUAAUGCAAUCACUUCUCAUUUGGGCUACAUCAUUGCUUAUGGGUGGUUAUCCUGCCACAGUUUCACUGGCCUUGUCAUUUUUGAGUGUUAUCCUUAUGUGGAUAUUCGCAUUAGGUUUCUCUGUUCUCAUUGCUUUUAUUCUACCCCUAGUAUCGUCAUCACCAGUGCCCUAUAUUGCAAGCCCAUGGUUGGUGGUUGGAUUAUUUGCUGCACCUGCUCUUCUUGGGGCAUUGACUGGUCAACACUUGGGUUACCUUUUUCUUCAAACAUAUUUGUCCAACGUGUAUUCCAAGAGAAAGCCAUUGCCACCUGCUAUUCAAGCUGAUUUAAUCAAAUUAGAGGCUGAAAGAUGGCUCUAUAAAGCUGGAUCUCUUCAGUGGCUCAUUCUUCUCAUAAUGGGAAACUAUUAUAAAAUUGGGUCCUCUUAUUUGGCUCUAGUUUGGCUGGUUCCACCAGCGUUUGCAUAUGGCUUGCUUGAAGCGACUCUAAGCCCAGUCCGUUUACCAAAGCCACUCAAACUUGCAACACUGAUUAUGGGCUUAGCUGUACCAAUUUUAAUUUCUGCUGGCAUUUUUAUCCGGUUAGCGAGCACAAUAAUUGGGACUUUGGUUCGAUUUGAUAGGAAUCCUGGUAGCACUCCUGAGUGGCUGGGGAAUGUGAUAAUUGCUGCUUUUAUUGCUGUUGUCAUGUGCCUGACUUUGGUGUAUCUCCUUUCAUAUGUUCAUCUUUCAGGUGCAAAAAGAUCAAUUGUCCUUGCUACUUGCCUACUGUUUGGCCUCUCAGUCACUGUCAUAUUAUCGGGUAUUGUUCCGCCAUUUACUGAAGACACUGCCAGAGCUGUAAAUGUUGUGCAUGUUGUGGAUACAACAGGAAGAUUUGAGGGAAAGCAAGAUACUAGCUCAUAUGUAUCUCUAUUUUCUGUAACUCCUGGAAAGUUGAACAAGGAGGUGGAACAAAUUAAAGAAGGUUUCAUAUGUGGUAGAGAGAAAGUUGUUGAUUUUGUUACUUUUUCAGUCAAAUAUGGUUGUUGGACCUAUGAUGACACUGAAGGCGGGUGGAGCAAAUCAGAUAUUCCCACAUUUCACGUCGAUAGUGAUACUAAGAGUAGUGAAAGAAUCACACAAGUUUCACUUGAUACAAAAGGUUCAAUACGGUGGGUUCUUGCGAUCAAUACCGAGGAAAUAGAAGAUUUCAAGUUCAAAGUAAAUUCAGAGGAGCUAGUUCCACUUGGUGACAAGAGCAGUGGAGAUGGAUGGCACAUUAUUCAAUUUUCUGGAGGGAAGAAUGCACCUACGAUAUUUGAUCUAACUCUUUUCUGGAAGAAAAAUUCUACACGAUCGUCUCACAAGGGGGAUGGGUGGCCCCUUUUGAAGUUGAGAACCGAUGUGGACAGAAUAACGCCAAAAACUGAGCAAGUUCUUUUGAAGCUUCCUCCUUGGUGUUCCCUGUUUGGAAAGUCCACUUCUCCCCAUACACUAGCUUUUCUAACUAGUCUUCCUGUUAAUUUAUAGGGACCCCAAUCUCAUAUUCAGGGUUGCACAAUGUAUUUUUCAGUUUAACUGAAACUGAAAUUGUAACAUUAAUAUUUUCAUAGGGUAGAAGAAAAAAGAAAGUCAAAUCUUUCCGCUUGUCAGAUAAACAGCUAAUGUAUGAGUAGAUAGAAGAGGCACAGGUGAGAUUUUUUUUUAUUAUUUAUUUUUCCCUUAAUUGUUGAACUUUCUGUUGGCCGUCUGAUCGCUUUUAUACUUGCAUUGCUC